AUAAGAAAAACAAUAAGAUGGUGAGCUGUAACACUUCAUACACUUUGAAAUACUAAUUUUUAUAUAAGGUAUAGGUUUACAGUUAGGUUAGUAUAUACAAGGUUGCGUCAAAGAGUUGGCACCAAUGGAACGUGUCUGAGAGUCUUUGGAAUUGUUUGUUUAUAUCAGAAUUGUCAGCGUGGUAGGACGUGAAUGUUUUGGUUUGGAAAAGGUUAUGGCUGAGGAAACAAAUGUCAUUCUGGAAGAUGUACCAGGUGGCAAGCAGGAAGAGGAGCAACCACCAAAUUUAAAUAAUGACAAUAACAAUGGUGAAAAUGUUGUUGCAGCAGCUCCAGUUAUCCCUUUGAACCCAUAUGCAUAUCUGGAAAGAAAUGAGUUUACUUCUGAACGGUUCAAAAUAGAAGUUAGAGGACUACCUAAAUACUAUGGAAUUGGUGAAUUUAAAAAACUCCUGAAUGAUAAACUGAAACUUUCAACAACAAAACUGAAACCUCCAGCUAGAGGAAGUCGAUGGAUAUAUAUCUGCUUUCGAACAGAGGAAGAUAAAAAGAAAGCUCUGGAAGUUCUGAGUGGCUACAACUGGAAGAACAGCAUAUUAAGUGCACAGGAGGCGAGAGCUGCACCUGAUCCACUGGUACAGAAGAGAUCAUUGCAGCUGGAAACAGAUGAUGUUGCUGCUAAGAAAGUAAAGCUCACCUCUGAAACAUUGACUGAAAUGUUGAAAAAAUCUACAACACCAUGGUGGGACAUACCGUAUGAGGAACAGGUGAACCGGAAGCUGGAAAGCAUGCGCCAGUUGCUCACGCGUCUGGGCCGUGAUAUGGUACGCUGUAACCCAGCACUGGGUUCAUGGCUGAAGAAGCAGCAAAGUAUGUACAAUGGAUUACCAUGUGAGCUGCUUGGUUGUCGUUCUUCUCCUCAACAGGACAGCUACCGCAAUAAAUGUGAAUUCACCAUUGGCAGAAACCCUGUAACAGGUGAAGGAACUGUUGGCUUCCGAGUGAGCAGUUAUGCUCAGGGUAGCACUGCUGUAGGACCAGUUGAUAGUUUAAUACAUAUCCCUCAGCGCAUGAAGCUUGCUGCACAGGUUUUUGAGCAAUUUGUACGGUCAUCAAAACUUCCUGUAUUUGAACCAGAGCACCAAUCAGGGCAUUGGAGGCAGCUGACAUGUAGAUUGUCUAUGUCAAAUGAUCAGCUAAUGCUUGUUGUUGGAUUACAUCCACAACAACUUAGUGCAGAGGAACUGAACGAUGUGAAAACUGAGCUGAAAGAAUUUUUCAUGCAUGGAGGAGGGAAAGAUUGCAAUGUAACAUCACUUUACUUUCAACUGAUUUCCAAAAGGCAGGCGGGCACUGAUCCCACUCCCCCAGAGCUCCUGUUGGGUGUCUCUCAUAUUGAGGAAAGUAUCUGUGGAGUCACUCUACGCAUUUCACCAGAAGCCUUCUUUCAGGUUAACAGCGCUGCUGCCGAAGUACUGUAUGGUGCGGUAGAAGAGGUGGCCCAACCUACUAGAGAUACAUCUCUUUUGGAUGUAUGUUGUGGUUCAGGAGCUAUAGGACUUUGUCUGGCUAAGAAAUGUGGGCAAGUACUAGGUGUAGAGCUGAUUACACGUGCUGUGGAAGAUGCCCGUACCAAUGCAUCCAUCAAUUCUGUGGAGAACUGUGAAUUCUUCUCAGGUGCAGCAGAGGAGAUUUUGUCUUCAGUUAUUCGUCGUGCUACCUGUAAAGACCUUUUGGCUGUUGUUGAUCCUCCUCGUGCUGGCUUACACCAGAAAGCAAUCAAGCUUAUUCGCAGGACGGAGGCAUUAACACGAAUGGUGUUCCUGUCCUGUGAUCCACAAGCAGCCAGAGAAAACUUUUUGUCACUAAGUCGACCUGCCUCCAAAACAUACUGGGGUGAUCCUAUAGUACCAGUAAGAGCUGUUGCUGUUGACAUGUUCCCACAUACACCACAUUGUGAACUUAUAAUAUAUUUUGAGCGAUACUGUGAUGUUAAUACUACACCUGCUGCACCUGAAGAUGAUGAAGCUAAGCCUCAUGUCACAGUGGAUAUGAACCUAAAAGACAGUUGAUUGUGAAUUAUUUCUAAAGCCAGUUGUUAUAAAUAGAUUAUUUCAAAUUCUCUUGUAUUACAUGAUCAAUACUAAGAAAUCUGAGAUGCUUCCUGCUGCGUGGAUGUGCCUCUGUCAGUUGGAAAAAAUAAAAUGUCAGCUCCUGUACACAAAAGCUGUGUGUCAGACUAUAACAUGAAAGAGUCAACUGUGUUAUUGUUAUGUUGUUGUUAUUGUGGUCUUCAGUCCUGAGAUUGGUUUGAUGCAGCUUUCCAUGCUACUCUAUCCUGUGUAACCUUCAUCACCCAGUACUUACUGCAACCUACAUCCUUCUGAAUGUGCUUAGUGUAUUCAUCUCUUGAUCUCCCUUUACGAUUUUUGCCCUCCACACUGCCCUCCAAUACUAAAUUGGUGAUCCCUUCUUCUGGUCAAGUUGUGAUACAAACUUCUCUUCUACCCAUCUAAUCUUCAGCAUUCUUCUGUAGCACCACAUUUCGAAAGCUUCUAUUCUCUUCUUGUCCAAGCUAUUUAUCGUCCAUGUUUCACUUCCAUACACGGCUAUACUUUCAGAAAAAGACUUCCUGACACUUAAAUCUAUACUUGAUGUUAACAAAUUUCUCUUCUUUAGAAACCGUUUCCUUGCCAUUGUUACACUUAGUUAAAUCACAGAGUGGUACCAAAAUUGCAUCUCCUAAGAUGUGAAGAAUCCGUAACAAAGCUUUCACUUACAUUUACAUUUUAGUACACAAUAAGUAUCUUUUAUCUGCACUUCACCUCAUAAUGCAACUGAUAUUUUGCAAUUUUUGCCAUUUGUGUGGUUAGUACAUCAAAAACUGCUGUCCCUGUAUGAUGUGAAAACUUCAAGUGCACCCCUGGUUCUACUAUAAAGAAAUUCUAUAAUUUCUGAAAUGCCACCAUAUUUGCUUUUAGUGUUUCAUGCACUAUUGCAACAUUAGCAUUUGUGCCAUAGGAACAGGUUAAAAAUAACAUUUUUGUAGGACUCUUGUUAUUCUUCAUGGCAAUUAAAUCAUUGAUGAUAACCAAUGAUUAAAUCACCAUACCAACUUACAAAGUCCUAUGAGAACUUUAUUUUUUGUAAAUUUUUCUGAAAUAACAUGAAAUAAUUUUUUAAGUGACAACAAAUAUUCACUUAGAAAUUUUCAACUAUGAAAUACUUCUAAAAUCAGAAGAAUUAAUAUGCACAUCCUUGUCAAAACUGUUGUACUGUCUGAUGAUUUGCAAUUGUGAAAUUAAUUUUUACAAACAAAAUUGAGACAUUCAUGAUAUUUAUCUUUUAUUGAUUACAAUGUCAAAAACAGAGCAUUUUGCAGCCCAGCAUCUGUAUGUGUGCUUCAGGUACUCAGUGUGGACAUAUCGAAUUACCAGUGAUACAUAGAUACCUGCAUCAAAUAAAUUGAACUUACAUGCCCCCUCCCCCAUGAACCAUGGACCUUGCCAUUGGUGGGGAGGCUUGCGUACCUCA